CAUUUUACCCGUUUACUGAAGCUAUGUUUGGGAUUUUUAAUUCUAGGGUUUUGGGAAUUGUGUUUCUUUAACAGCUAGGGUUAGGGUUUUUGGGGGAAAAAAAUUGAAUUUCGAGCUAAAUCAAAACAGCAAUGGAGUCCGAUGAAGCAAAGCUGUUCGUUGGUGGAAUUUCUCGCGCCAUAACCGAGGAAUCUCUGAAGGUUCAUUUCGAGAAAUACGGCACCGUAUUGGGCUCGUCGAUUGCCAAAGACCGCGUCACCAAGAAUUCUAGGGGUUUUGGGUUUGUUUGGUUCUCUGAGCCCUCUGCUGCUGACAAAGCUCUUCGUGAUUCCCAUACUAUAUUCGGCAAAGUGGUAGAAGUGAAAAAAGCUAUACCCAGAAGUGAACAACAUCAUCAUCAUCAACAACAACAACAACAACAACAACAACAAUACCACCACCCCCAAAACCAACAGCAGAAUAGGGGAUUGAGUAAGAGUAGUAGUUCUGACAAGGGGGAUAAUCAGUUUAGGACCAAAAAGAUUUUUGUAGGGGGUUUGUCAGCUAGUCUAACUGAGGAAGAGUUUAAGAAUUACUUUGAGAGGUUUGGUAGGGUAACAGAUGUAGUGGUGAUGCAUGACAGCACAACCCAGCGGCCUAGGGGGUUUGGCUUUGUCACCUUUGAUUCAGAGGAAUCUCUGGAGGCUGUUAUGCAGAAUAAGUUUCAUGAGCUGAAUGGUAGGCAUGUGGAGGUCAAGAGAGCUGUGCCGAAAGAGGCAAAUAAUGGUAGUGACAAUGGUUUUAAGAUGAGAAUUGAGGGUGGAAGAGGGUCUCCUGGCAGUUCCACUCCUUAUAAUCCUACAAACUGGUUUCUUCCUGGUUAUGCACCUUUUCCUGGGUUUAGUAGUGGGGGAGGUUCUCUUUAUGGAACAAGCAUUUAUGGUGGUUGGUACCCUACAGGAGGAUAUGGUGGUGUUGGUUCUGGGGUUGCUCCACUUGCCCCUAGAAGUCCUUGGUAUGGGCCUGGUGUGAUUGGUGCUAGGACAUUCCUGCUGCCUUAUAGCAGUGCUUCAAUUUAUCCUGCAUACCUGAGUGGUGGGGUUGGAGUUAUGGGUAUGGCUGCAGGAGGGUAUAAUGGUAUUGUUGGUCCUGGAGUGAAUUGGAAACUGAACCAGGUUCUUGGUGGCAACGAACCAGCAGCUGAAGUGACCACACUUAGGAUUGAAGAGCUAAAUUCUGAUGCUGAUUCUUCUGGUUUGAAUGGAAGAAGUGAAGCUACUUCUAGCAAACAGAACCAGAGGGGUCUAAAUGGAUGACUAUAGCCUUAACCUGUAGUUAUGCUCUUCACCCUUUUGUUGGUUAUUGAGAGGUUAGUAAAUUCUUUUGCUGAUGGGGUUAGGGCUAGAUUGUUAUCAUCGUCUUCUGUGGUAAGUAGAUUACCAUCAUUGUUCAAAUGUUCUUAUUUAACAUGCUGCUCGCUGUGUGCCAUCUCUAACUUAAUGAUUCAUUGGUAUAGGAUUGGUCUUCUGUAAUAUAUUGGCAUUCAAAUUUCAACUUCUCUCAGUGUUUUUCUUCUCUAGGUACAUGCUAGAAUGGUGAAAUUGUGAAUUAUGGUUGCAUCUAAAGUACUUUGAUUUUUAUUACAUUUUUUUGUUCGUUGA